CAAUUCAUACCCAAAUUAUAAAAUCUCUCUUUUCUAAUUCUUUUUUCAACCCAUUUCAUUGAAUUUUUUUUUUUUUACGGCUUUAGAUCUGAGAGCAAAGAACUUUUUUUGGGUUUUUUGUUUGAAGUUCUUUUGGUGUAAAUUCUGAGUUGGGUUAAAAAAGACUUGAUUUUUAGUUUUGGGAUUUAAUUUGUCUAUCUCUACAUCUUCAAAAGAGAAAAUCUUUUUUUUUGAAGAUUUUUAGGUGAAUUUUUAUUAGUUUUUCUUAAAAAAAGUUUGAAUUUUUGGGUGGAAAUGGAUGUUUCGCUAAUUAGGAUUUCUUCUCAGACAAAGAUCUGUAGAACAGAAUUAGCGUACAGAGAUUUAAGGUUUUGUUUUGGGAAAAUUAAUGAUAAAAAUAAAAUAUUGUCUCGAAAACCAAACAGUGUUUGUUUUGAGAGUCAAAUUACGAGGUUGAGGAAAGCUGGGCUUAGAUUUACGGUGAAAGCUGUCCACUCUGAACCCAUUAUCGAAUCCAAGUCUUCAACAACACCCAAAUCUCUUGAUAGGUUAAGAUUAUUUGUUGGCCUGCCUCUAGAUGCGGUUUCUGAGUGCAAUACAGUAAACCACGCCCGGGCAAUUGCAGCCGGACUAAAAGCUUUGAAGCUUUUGGGUGUGGAAGGUGUUGAAUUGCCUGUCUGGUGGGGAGUGGUUGAGAAUGAGGCAAUGGGAAAGUAUGACUGGUCAGGCUAUCUUACUGUUGCAGAGAUGGUUCAGAAAGUUGGUCUCAAGCUUCAUGUAUCACUCUGCUUCCAUGCAUCAAUACAACCUAAAAUCCCACUUCCCAAGUGGGUAAUGCAGAUUGGGAAAUCCCAAUCUAGUAUCUUCUUUACUGAUCGAUCAGGAAGGUAUUAUCAAGAAUGUCUGUCACUGGCUGUUGAUGAUCUUGCUGUUCUUAAUGGAAAGACUCCAAUUCAAGUUUACCAGGAUUUCUGUGAGAGCUUUAAGUCUGCAUUUUCACCUUUCGUUGGUUCUACAAUCACGGGAAUCUCAAUGGGUCUGGGACCAGAUGGCGAGCUCCGUUAUCCCUCUCGCCACAAGCCUGCCAAAAGUGGCAUAGUUACUGGAGUUGGGGAGUUCCAAUGUUAUGACAUCAACAUGCUUAAGCUUCUUAAGCACCAUGCUGAAGCAAAUGGAAAACCAUUAUGGGGACUAGGUGGUCCACAUGAUGCGCCCAUUUAUGAUCAGUUACCCAACACAAAUAGCUUCUUCAAGGAUCAUGGUGGAUCAUGGGAAAGUCCUUAUGGUGACUUCUUCCUUUCCUGGUACUCAAGCCAGCUCAUAUCUCAUGGAGACCGUUUCCUCUCUCUUGCCUCUUCAAUUUUCAGAGAUACUGCUGUGAAUGUUUAUGGGAAAGUCCCACUGAUGUACUCGUGGUACAAAACUCGGGCACACCCUUCUGAACUGACAGCUGGCUUCUAUAACACUGCCUCAAGAGAUGGUUAUGAAGCAGUUGCAGAGAUGUUUGCAAAGAAUUCAUGCAAAAUCAUCUUGCCUGGGAUGGACCUGUCAGAUGAGCACCAGCCACAUGAAUCUCUCUCUAGCCCUGAAUUAUUACUUGCACAAAUCAAAACCGCAUGCAGAAAGCACGGGGUUGAGGUUGCUGGGCAGAACUUGGCUUCUGCCGCUCCUGGUGGUUUUCAGCAGAUCAAGAAAAAUAUGUUGGGUGAUAAUCUGAUUGACUUGUUCACUUUUCAAAGGAUGGGAGCUCAUUUCUUCUCACCGGAGCAUUUUCCUUCAUUCACCCAGUUUGUGAGGAGCCUAAGUCAAUCAGAAUUGCAUUCAGACGAUUUGCCUACUAAAGAGGAAGAAGCCACUGAAUCUGUACAUACAAGUUCAGACCCGAACAUCCACAUGCAAGCAGCAUAGUGAGAGUUGAGACAUUUAUGUGUAGAUAGUAUUCUUGUUAGUACCAAAAUAUUGGAUGGGGAAAAGAUUGUACUAUUUUGGCUGAGUACUGCAUACAUAUCUAAGCAAAUAUUUUAAUUCUAUGAAAGGAGAGGUCAGUGACCUUUUAAACUUGUUUUUCCUGGGAGCGAAGCAGUGUUUGUAUUUUCAUAUUAUGCUGCAAUUCUAUUAAACUUUCCCUUUGCGA